ACAUGUCAAAGAAACUCACGCGCUACCUCAACUGGAUUGGAGUUCCCACAAAGGUGUUUAACCUGGGGGUGUACCGGAGGGAAGCAGUUAAAGCGUACAAGUCUUAUGACUUCUUCAGACAUGACAAUAAGGAAGCCAUGAAGAUACGAAAACAGUGUGCCUUGGUGGCCCUGCAAGAUGUAAAGAUCUACCUGAAUGAGGAAGGUGUACAAAUAGCUGUAUUUGAUGCCACAAACACAACCUGGGGGAGGCGGGAUCUUAUAAUAAAUUUUGUACAGGAGAAUGCAUAAGGUGUUUUUUGUGGAGUCAGUAUGUGAUGAUCCAGAGGUUAUUGCA